UUUAACAUCUCUGAAUGGGAUUCUUCUUACAAUCAACGGCGUGUCAUGGUUUAAUUAGUUAUUUUUUCCUCUUUAGUAGUAGAUGAAAUAAUGAUGCAUCUUACAAUGAAUAGCAUGUUGAAUCUGAUGAAUUGUGUGUGCCAAGCACUGCUAGAAAUGCUUUAUAAUAUACUUUUCCUCAUCCAGUCUUCACAGCUGAUGUUACCACCAUUUUGAAGGCUCAAAGAUGCUAAACAAUAGGUUCUAGGACUGCUGUCAAGUAAGUGGCAGAGCGAGAAUUUAAAAUCAGGUCUGAUUUCCAAGAUCAUGCUCUUAUUGUUAUCUCAGCACUUACCUUGGGUGAUACAAAGGUGAAUAAAAACCUAUCCUUGUCUGAACUGCUCAAAUAAAGGUCUAGCUCAAAUAUGAUCUUUUUGAAACCUUUCCAACUCCCCAGGAAGAAUACAUCUUGUUUUCAUCUGUACCCCCUCAACAUUUUAAGAAUACCUCUAUAAUACCUAUAAUCUUAUUAUAUUAUAUAAUCUCCCUGGGCCCUUAGAAGUCAGGAAUAUUCUCUUAACCAUCCUUUUGACCCUACAGUGCCUACCACAGUUCUUGACAUAUAGUAGAAGCUCAAUAAUGUUUCUUAAAAAGGAGACAGGGUCUCUGUUGCUAAGUCUAGGAGACAAGAAAUGCACAUAAAGCUAAAAAAAGGUCAAAAGUAGUGUUUAGGAGAAUUAUAUAUUUAAGUGCAGUAGAGUUUAAAAGAACCAAUGAGGGCUGGCCACAGUGGCUCACGCCUGUAUUCCCAGCACUUUGGGAGGCCGAAGUGGGUGGAUCUGAGGUCAGGAGUUCAAGACCAGCCUGGCCAACAUGGCAAAACCCCGUCUCUACUAAAAAUACAAAAAAUUAGCUGGGCGUGGGGACGGGCACCUGUAGUCCCAGCUACUCGGGAGGCUGAGGCAGGAGAAUGGCUUGAACCCGGAGGCAGAGGUUGCAGUGAGCUGAGAUUGUGCCAUUGCACUCCACCUGGGCAACAAGAGUGAAACUCCAUCUCAAACAAACAAAAAAACACCAAUGAUAGGAAGUACAAGAGGAUACAGCUCAGCCAGCUUCCAGGUUUUCACACAUACACACACACACCCCAGUGUGAAAAAGCUGAAACCGUCUACAAUGGCUGAAACCACGCUGCUGAGGCAUUUUUGAAUUUUAAUUAGUUAGCAACACUUAUAAAUUAAGUUUCACAUAAAACCCAGAUUUUCUGGAUUUUCCUGAGAAACGAAGACAUCUCAGAAACUGGGUGCUCAUUCUCCUAGAGAAAUGGGUUGGAUUUGGGUAUCAAAUUCUCCUUUCAGAUGAACUUAAUGCUCACUUAUCCAUCGUAGUACCUUCCACCAUUUGUUUAGGCUCAGCUUGCAUAAGAUAAUUUAUAUUCUCUCGCCAGUCUAGGCAUCUGGGUUUAAAACCCCUUCUCUAGAUACAUUACUGCACUAUCACACUAUGAAUUUUCAGGCAUCCGUGCUUUGACUUCCACUUUGCCUAGAAAGUCCUUUGCUAUCUCCAAAAGCACUCCUACUCCCCUAAGGCACUGCUUCAAUUUCUUUCAUUAGCUUCUUCUGACCACCCUCUCAACCGUGUCACGCAGCACUGUGGUAAUACCUCUAUUAAAACCCUUAUCAGAGCGUAUGCACAAGCUUCUCCUCUUCGCGCUGACGUUCGCUCCUUGAGGCCAGCGGCCCACAACUAACUCAUUUCGCGGCUCCAGCUUCACGUCCAUGCCCUGGCACCUACACCCAGUCGUUGAGUACGUUUGCGGAAGUCAGUCUUCUUACUUCACGGCAAACCCAAGCUAAACUAAUAUUACGACCACAGAAGUGGGGCUGAGGUAGAAGCCAAGACUAUCCCAAUAACUGGAUUCUGGCCGAGAAAAAGGCGCGCGCCAGCACCCCAAUCAGUAAAAACUACCGGGCAAAGUUCGCCGCCGCCACUAUCCUGCUCUGGCUCUGAAAUAGUUCCAAUUCUCGCGAGAUUCGGCUGACUACCAGCCCUUCAGCUCCAGUGACUUGCGGGUUGGUUUCCUCUAGAUUCUCGUGGCCACACCGUUCUCCGAUACGAGCCUUUCCGGUGCUAUGCCCCGGAAGCGGAAGUGCGAUCUUCGGGCUGUCAGAGUUGGUCUGUUACUCGGUGGUGGCGGAGUCUACGGAAGCCGUUUUCGCUUCACUUUUCCUGGCUUUAGAGCGCUUUCCCCCUGGCGGGUGGGAGUGCAGAGACGAAGGUGCGAGAUGAGCACUAUGUUCGCAGACACUCUCCUCAUCGUUUUUAUCUCUGUGUGCACGGCUCUGCUCGCAGAGGGCAUAACCUGGGUCCUGGUUUACAGGACAGACAAGUACAAGAGACUGAAGGCAGAAGUGGAAAAACAGAGUAAAAAAUUGGAAAAGAAGAAGGAAACAAUAACAGAGUCAGCUGGUCGACAACAGAAAAAGAAAAUAGAGAGACAAGAAGAGAAACUGAAGAAUAACAACAGAGAUCUAUCAAUGGUUCGAAUGAAAUCCAUGUUUGCUAUUGGCUUUUGUUUUACUGCCCUAAUGGGAAUGUUCAAUUCCAUAUUUGAUGGUAGAGUGGUGGCAAAGCUUCCUUUUACCCCUCUUUCUUACAUCCAAGGACUGUCUCAUCGAAAUCUGCUGGGAGAUGACACCACAGACUGUUCCUUCAUUUUCCUGUAUAUUCUCUGUACUAUGUCGAUUCGACAGAACAUUCAGAAGAUUCUCGGCCUUGCCCCUUCACGAGCCGCCACCAAGCAGGCAGGUGGAUUUCUUGGCCCACCACCUCCUUCUGGGAAGUUCUCUUGAACUCAAGAACUCUUUAUUUUCUAUCAUUCUUUCUAGACACACACACAUCAGACUGGCAACUGUUUUGCAGCAAGAGCCAUAGGUAGCCUUACUACUUGGGCCUCUUUCUAGUUUUGAAUUAUUUCUAGGCCUUUUGGGUAUGAUUAGAGUGAAAAUGGCAGCCAGCAAACUUGAUAGUGCUUUUGGUCCUAGACGAUUUUUAUCAAAUAAGUGGAUUGAUUAGUUAAGUUCAGGUAAUGUUUAUGUAAUGAAAAACAAAUAGCAUUCUUCUUGUUUCAUUUACAUAAGUAUUUUCUGUGGGACCGACUCUCAAGGCGCUGUGUAUGCCCUGCAAGUUGGCUGUCUAUGAGCAUUUAGAGAUUUAGAAGAAAAAUGUAGUUUGUUUAACCCUUGUAACUGUUUGUUUUGUUGUUGGUUUUUUUUCAAGCCAAAUAUAUGACAUAAGAUCAAUAAAGAGGCCAAAUUUUUAGCUGUUUUAUGUACAAGGAGAGAUCUGUUUCAUUUUGUUUUGCCAUAUUUUUAGAUAUAAGUUUUAGCAUGGGCCAGGAAGGACUAAAAUAAAAGUUUUUAAGGUACUGUACUUUUUGCCAUACUUGACUCAUAUACUCAAAAUACAGAGUUGUCCUGGUGUAGGAAUUGGAAAGCAAGAGUGGAAAGGAACGUAAUAACUCGUUGGAGUUUAAAAAUGAGGGUCUUGGCAAGUAACACUGAUGUCUGAAAAAAAAUUAAAUAUAAAUAAAUAAAUAAAAAUGAGGGUCCUCAGCUGUUCUCUUCAUAUCCUAUGACAGUCUCUCAGAUUCUUGUGGGGGCACUCUUAGAUCUCCCUUGGAGACAAGGUUAUAGUUAUAUGUUGUUAAUCUUGCAGAGCUUCCUUUUAGUCACAAUAGCCUUCAUUUUCUGCCACGCCCCUUCAUAAGGGAGAAGGAUGUUUGUACCAUGAUCCUCCCCCCAUAAUCUGUGGAAUUAGGAGUCCUGUGUGGAGUCUUAUCAAUAAAUAUGCACAUUCAUCAAA